UGGGCUGAGAUUUGUCUCUGACCAAUCAGCUGCUGACAGUUGACAGGAAACGUCAGACGCUGACCAAUCAGCGGCAGGGGACGGCGCUCUCUUCCUUCCACGUGAUCGAGCUGGUUAGUUCGCAGGCGGUCACACCGAGAGCCGGAGACCAUGGAUCACAGGAUUGGCUUAUUAGUUCUUCUGGCGGCAGGCCUCCUCUGCCUCAGUUUGGCCCCCGUAUCUCAGGCUGAGCACCAGGUCGAGGACAUUCUGGAUGAUGACGUAGACGUUGAGGACGAGCUGGAUCUGGGUUUGGCCGGAGCUGACGAGGAGGAGCUAGAGGGGGACGUUCAGGAUGAAGCUCCACCUGCUCCUACAACUCCUCCCGCACCGAAGGUGACCUACAAAGCUCCUGAGCCGAUGGGGGAGCAUUUCUUCGCGGAGUCUUUUGACCGAGGGACACUUGACGGCUGGGUUGUGUCCAUAGCCAAGAAGGAAGACACCGAUGAAGAUAUCGCAAAAUAUGAUGGUAAAUGGGCGGUGGAGGACAUGAAGGAUAGUAAACUGCCCGGGGACAAAGGUCUUGUACUGAAGUCCAGAGCCAAACAUCACGCCAUCUCAGCCCAGCUGCUGCGACCUUUCACCUUCGAUACCCAGCCCCUCAUCAUCCAGUACGAGGUGAACUUCCAGGCAGGGAUUGAUUGUGGCGGCGCCUACGUCAAACUGCUGACUCAGACUCCUGAUCUCGACCUGGACCAGUUUGUGGAUAAAACUCCGUACACCAUCAUGUUUGGACCUGACAAAUGUGGAGAAGAUUACAAACUUCACUUCAUCUUCAGACACAAAAACCCCAAAACUGGAGAGUACGAAGAGAAACACGCUAAGAAACCAGAUUCUGACCUGAGGACGUACUAUACCGACAAGAAGACACACCUGUACACACUGGUGUUGAACCCUGACAACACCUUCGAGGUGCUGGUCGAUCAGACGGUUGUGAACAGCGGCAGCCUGCUGACAGAUGUGACCCCCCCUGUGAACCCUCUCGCCGAAAUCGAGGACCCGGACGACCAAAAACCCGAGGACUGGGACGAGAGGCCCAAGAUCCAGGACCCAGACGCGGUCAAGCCCGAGGACUGGGACGAGGACGCUCCCGCUCAGAUUCCAGAUGAAGAUGCAGUGAAGCCAGACGGCUGGUUGGACGACGAGCCGGAGUACAUCGGAGAUCCUGAAGCCGUCAAACCUGAGGACUGGGAUGUGGACAUGGACGGUGAAUGGGAGGCUCCUCAGAUCCCUAACUCCGUCUGCGAGUCAGCCCCCGGCUGUGGCGCCUGGAAUCGUCCGAUGAUCGAUAACCCCAGCUACAAGGGCAAGUGGAAGCCCCCAAUGAUCGACAACCCCAACUACCAGGGCGUCUGGAAGCCAAGGAAGGUCGCCAACCCUGAGUUCUUUGAGGACCUGCACCCGUUCAGGAUGAGUCCGUUCAACGCUGUUGGACUCGAGCUCUGGUCCAUGACCUCCGACAUCUUCUUUGACAACUUCUUCAUAUCCAACGACCGCAACACAGCCGAGCGCUGGGCCACCGAUGGCUGGGGGCUGAAGAAGGCAGCAGAGGGCGCUGCUGAUCCUGGUCUGGCAACGCAGAUGUUGAACGCUGCAGAGGAGCGUCCCUGGCUCUGGGUAGUCUACGUCCUCACUGUGGCUUUACCGCUCAUCCUCAUCGUUAUCUUCUGCUGCACCGGCAAGAAGAAGAGUGCGGCGACGCCAGCAGAAUACAAGAAGACGGACGAACCUCAGCCUGAUGUGAAGGAGGAGGAGCAGGAAGAGGAGGAGCAGGAAGAGAAGGCUGAAGAGGCAGAGGAGAGCAGUCCAGCUGCAGAGGGCAAGAGCGACAAAGAGGAAAGUCCGGGAGAGGAAGACGAAGCUGAGAAUGACGAAGCUGAGAAUGAUGAUGCUGAGGACCCCACAGCAGAUGAGAAGUUAGAGGACGAUGUUCUGCGGAGAUCUCCCAGGAACAAGAAGGUCAGAAAAGACUGAAAUCUCUGAAUCCAAAGCCCUGACCUCGACUCCUCCCCCUACUGCCUCCCCUCAAACACCCCUCCCCCAUCCUCCUCUGCUCCGAGGUGAUGAAGCCUGAACGGAUCCCGAGGAAGCAGUGAAGCCGACAGGAAACUAAUCAAGAAACUGACGCCUGAUGAUGAUUCCAGUAUGAGCAGGACUGAGUUAGUAUGAUUAAAGGAGAUUAACUAAGAUUAACUAAAACUUCCUGCAUCAUUCCUUAACAACCCCUGAGCAGACUCGAACCCACGACGCCAACAUCUCCUCUUCCCAUCUGCUGAGUCGCCGCCGCCUGCCGCCACCCACGAGCUGGCAAACGCCCCGCCCUCCGAACAGCCUGUUAAAACCCUGUUGACAGUUUGCUGAUCAGUCUCCUUAGUUAACGUAGGUAACUGACUCUAAUUAAACAGUCUAACCUCAGGUCUGACGUCAACCUGUUCUGAACCGCCGUCGUCCUGUUUGGUCUAAUAAUGAAGCUGUUAGCGGUUAGGAGUAACUAACCCACUGAAAAUCCACCAGUCAGAAUAUAACGACAGGAAGUCUGAACCAAUACACCUGAUCCAUAAUCUAUACAGUUAAUAGAUUAGUCUGCUGACAGGCAGAUAACUAGCCAAUCAUCUAUCAGGGUGCUAAUCAGGCUAACAGGUUAUCCAACAACCAGAAGUCUCUGCAUGUUAACCUUACAGCUAAUUAGCCCCAGAACUUGUCUUUUAACUUUCUAACCACUGUCCAGCAGCUUCUUAGCAACACACAGAUGUUAUCAGCUAACGUCCCGACUUUUAACCAACCAGCAGACGUCAACACAUGAUCCGGGCCGUAGCCUGAAUGCUCUCGCUAAUUAGCCCAUGAGCUACUCAGUAGUGAUGGAAACCUUGGCUACAGUUUUUCGUAGCUGACCCUCAUCCCUCUAAUCAGCUGAUCCCAGCAGGCUGCUAACAAGUCCACAGAUAACGUUCAUAACUGCAACUUCUUCUUCCAAGACUCUGGAGAUUAGCCUGUUAGCAUCCCACUCAUUACUUUUCAAUCAGCUGCAGCAGUCGCAUGCUAAUGGCUCCUGAAAUGAAAUGAGUACACUCCAGCUGACAUGAACUAUUUUUUCUUCUCGUGUUAUUGUCACAGACGUUCGUGGAUGUUUUGUCCCUCAGUGUUUUUAGCGUGUGUUUGUCCUGAUGGCAGCGGAGAAGGUCAGAGGUCAAGCGCUUGUGUUGUGAUUAGAACAAACUGUCAGUUCCAGGCCACAGGUGUUGGGUGUCACGUCACCUGGAGUCCAGGUCACAGAUGGAUCUGGUCAGACCGGUUCUCGCGCUGCGUCGUUUUCAGUCGAAACUGUUGAGUCAGCUUGGCCAUGCGUUCUACCGGCGGCAGCAGAGGCACCUUAUAACCCGCUACUCCGUCUUUUAUUUAUUAUUUUCAUUUAGAUCUCAGUCCAAACAAUGACGGCAGACGUUUCACUGCUGUCGUUGAAAAACUGAAUCUGUUUCACAUCAGCAUCAUCGUGAAACAGAUCCAACCGACGGUUUCACAGUAAAACUACCGUUUGGCAUCAAACCGGUUUCAGCUGCUGUCUUUAAACUCUUUCACAUCAUCACUGAGUCACAGUCAUGUUUGUUUGGACUGAAAACUGAUGUCGGCAGAUGGACAAACUCCCAGUCCCUCUUUCAUCAACCCCAUGUGAAAAGAAAAAGGCACUAACGGAAAAAACCUCAGGCGCUUAACCUCUCACCCGUCCACCUGCUGCACGACAUGUUCCCAAACCUCCGGAGUUUAGCCCUGUGUUAAAGAGACGGCACUUGAGUGUGAAGUUCGCUUUUAACCACCAAAAAUUCAAGACAAAAUAUCUGAACUAAAACUCCUGUCAGUCACAUGGUCUGUUUGGUGACGCGUGCGCGGCUGUGAUCACAUGACUUUGAGCCGUCUAAAGUCCAUUCAGCUUAACCUUUCUGUGGAUGAAGACGUGAGAUGAAGAUGUUGAGUUGAAACAAGUUGAGGUUCUUAAAAGUCAUCAAAUCCUUUUUGUUUCUUCUAACAAACGUUUCUUCUGCUGUUAAAUGUGUUCGUUAUGUUUUUUAACGUAACGAUAUUCCAGCAGUUUCCGACUAUCGAAAGUAAACGGCAGAUUUAUCCAUAGUGAAAAUACUCCCGAGUAGCAGCCCUUCGCCACUUGAACCAAAUUCUUCCAUCAUCGCCAGCGUCCACAGGAGUUAGCAAAAACCUUUAAGAUUCUACCUCUCGAUUUUGUCCUCUGCCGCCGCCUGCUGGACGCUGUAGACACGGCCUCGACGUCUCGCUGAGAAAAAGCUUCGAGUUGCACCUGAAGACAGAGUCUGAGACUUGGCUCCUGUUUGUUCGUCCAACAUUUUAUCUUCAGCGUCGUUUCUCAAAAACAGUGCAGCUCAGUAAAGCCACUCUACAUUAUUUAACUCUUAAAGACUGCUGACUACAACAUUACAUUUAUUACGUGUCAAAAACUGAAUGUUGUGUUGACCUCUUGACCUUUCCUCUAGCGCCACCAUCAGGACAAAUCUAUUCAUUUUCAAAGCAUAAAAAACACUAAUUAUUCCAUGAACGUUGUGUGUGAAGCUGCAGCAGGAGCUCAGACUCCUGGACUGUGGUCUUGUCUGUUCAUUGUUAAACUGAAGGUUUGUGAUGAAGGAAAAACCAGAGCAGCACAUGAGAUCACAUGAGAUUUCCUCAGUGUGACUGAGCCAGAACGACGCUGCGUCGAUCAACAGACUUUUAAAUCUUUAAAAUAUAAAAUCAGUUAGUGUGGAAAAGAAAACUACGUCCGUUUGUGUAGUCUCAUGACUGUUGAUGUGUCCGUCUCGUCAGUUACACUCGACUAAACGUCACGUCAGGUCUUCCUUCUGUUUAUCUAUUGAAACAUUUGAUUGGUUAAAGACGAGUCUGGAAUUACUUUAAAAGUCUGAGGUGUUUCUGGUUGUUGCUUAAUUCAUGUUUGGGGCCUUGAGAUGACCCGGAGGUCCCUGCUCUGUCCAGGUGACCUUCAUCUGUUCUUCCUCCUCCUCGGUGGGUCGACACGCUGCAGUGGUUACGUUUUCGCUGUAAGCUGUUGAUUUCACGCUCAUUUUUCUCCCUGUGCUGUGAACGGUUUUAGGAUGAAUCUGACGCAGCGUUACAUUCCCAUCAUCAACGUAUGUUUCAGCCACUAUUCAUCGUCUGCCACCCUCCUCUUCCUCUUCCUGUUGUGUCCGACUCUUUGUUUUCUCUGGUCGUGUCCAGCUGAGGCUGCCUAUAGCUAACAGACUGUAUAGACUGAACACUGUAUCUGCUGGUGAGACUUAACGUGACUCUGUAACUAUUAACUUUUUAUUGUUUUGUUGACUUUGUGUUUAAACUAUUUGUUCGGCCCAGCGUGUUUCUGAUGAGCACACUGUGCAGCCGCAGCACAGGAAGGUCCAGCCUGGGGUAGAAAUGCUGUGAUGACGGAGCCUGGUGCGUGUGUGGACGUGAAGUCAACAUUUGUUUUGAUGAAUAAAAAGGCCAAAAUGGAAACUGAA